CUAGCCAAAACACAAAUACUAAAAAAAAACCAAACAUAUAUAGUCCAAGUUGUUUCAAGUAUAUUUGGCAAUAUGCAUCUUCAUUGUGUAACACCAAAACCAGAAAAUGGUGGCACAGACUUGAUGGAAGCUUCGACGAAUUCGCCUAAUUCGUCGAAGCAAUAUGACAAGUCAUGUCUUGCUUUCCCUGUCCAGAUCAAGUCACAACAAUCUUUUUUACAAAAGGCCAUGUACCCUAUAACUUUGAAGUUUGAAGAGAUUGUUUACAAAAUUAGUCAAGAAAACAAAGGAAUGUGUUGUGGAGGACCAUCAAACACAAAAGAAAAGACUAUACUAAAUGGAGUGACAGGCACUGUGUAUCCAGGAGAGAUGCUAGCUAUGUUAGGCCCAUCAGGUAGUGGCAAAACCACCCUCCUAACAGCACUAGGAGGGCGUCUUUCGGGCAAAUUAUCCGGGAAGAUUACAUACAACAGCCAGCCAUUCUCGGGUUCAAUCAAACGUAGAACAGGAUUCGUGUCACAAGAUGAUGCCCUGUAUCCUCAUUUAACAGUAAUUGAAACACUUCUGUUCACAGCUCUGCUUAGGCUGCCACAAAGCCUCGAUAGGGACGAAAAAGUGAGACAUGUAGAGCAUGUUAUUGCAGAACUUGGAUUAAACAAGUGUAGAAACAGUAUGAUUGGAGGGUCAUUGUUUAGAGGGAUAUCAGGUGGAGAGAAAAAAAGAGUUAGUAUAGGACAAGAAAUGCUGAUCAACCCGAGUUUACUACUUUUAGACGAGCCAACUUCAGGACUUGAUUCGACAACAGCACUCCGGAUCAUUAACACAGUUAAACGACUAGCAAGUGGUGGUCGUACUGUGAUCACAACGAUCCAUCAGCCGUCUAGUCGACUUUAUUAUAUGUUUGAUAAGGUAGUGUUGCUCUCUGAGGGAUGUCCUAUCUACUAUGGUCCUGCAUCAACUGCCUUGGAAUACUUCUCCUCUAUUGGUUUUUCCAUAUCCAUCACUAUCAAUCCAGCUGAUCUCUUGCUUGAUCUCGCGAAUGGAAUUGGACCGGAUAACAAGAAUGCCAACGAUCAAGGUGACAGUAUUGCACAGGAAAAGAAGUCGGUGAGAGAAGCUCUCAUCUCCGCGUAUGAAAAGAACAUUUCUACAAGGUUGAAAACUGAAGUAUGCAGUUUAGAUAACAGUAGUUACAGCUACACAAAGGAUGUUUCUACAAGAAAUGGUGUGAAAUUAGAGCAAUGGUGCACAAGUUGGAUGCAUCAAUUCAAAGUACUACUUAUGAGAGGGUUAAGGGAGCGAAGACACGAGAGCUUCAACAGGCUUAGGAUCUUUCAAGUUAUAAGUGUAGCAUUUCUUGCAGGACUAUUGUGGUGGAAUACUCCAACAUCCCACAUUGAAGAUCGAAUUGCAAUGUUGUUCUUUUUCGCGGUAUUUUGGGGGUUCUAUCCACUCUACAAUGCAGUUUUCACAUUUCCACAAGAAAGAAGAAUGCUAAUCAAAGAGAGAUCAUCAGGAAUGUAUCGUCUCUCGUCAUACUUUCUAGCCAAAACCGUGGGAGAUUUGCCUUUAGAACUAGCAUUACCAACAGCAUUUACGUUCAUCCUUUACUGGAUGGGAGGGCUCAAACCUGAUCCAACUACCUUCAUCCUAUCUCUCCUAGUAGUCCUCUACAACGUCCUCGUUUCACAAAGCCUCGGACUAGCUUUUGGUGCCUUACUAAUGGAUGUUAAACAAGCCACUACAUUAGCAUCAGUAACAACAUUAGUAUUCCUAAUUGCUGGAGGAUACUACAUUCAACAGAUUCCUCCGUUCAUCGUUUGGUUAAAAUACUUGAGUUAUAGUUACUAUAGCUACAAGUUGCUUCUAGGGGUUCAAUACAAUGACAAUGACUACUAUGAAUGUUCAAAAGGAGUCUACUGCCAAGUUGCAAACUUACCUGCCAUUGAAUCAGUAGGCUUAAACAAUAUGUGGAUCGAUGUCUCGGUCAUGGCUGUGAUGUUGAUAGGCUACAGAGUUGUGGCUUAUCUAGCACUCACUCGUGUACGAUGAUGAUUCGAAAAUCAAAGAGGAAGAUCACAUAAUUUAGGAGCAAAGUUGAAAGAGUUCAAUUUUUCUGCAACAAAGGAAGUAAGGAUGUUAGAUUUA